GUUUUUCCCGUCAGCCGCUGUGCGCUCAGGCGCUUAGGAUCGGCAACCUUGACACAAGCUGCACAACCAAGGAAUAACUGUUCGUACGAGAGUGUGCCACGAUUAUGCAGGAGGUCGUAGAUGUCGUCGGAUGCGUUGCCCCAGCUGAAAUGUAGCCAGGGAGCUGUACCCAAUCUAGACCCAAUGUGUCUCGUGUAAGCCUCGGUGCAUGUACCUGGAAUCGAAGUAAGCGCAUGAGUUGGAUGGAGCUGAAUGUCGGUAUGGAGUAGAGUCGUCAGAUGAAUGGGAAUAAAGUCGAUUGGUCAUUAGCCAAGCACUCAUCGGCUGGCUGAGUCGUAUUAAUUCUGACCAUUGCAGCAUGCAGUCAGCAUGUACACGAUCUAAGUACACCCUACAAUGCCUCUGAUAUCCGCGACAGUAUAAUGGUGGAUAUAAGAGUGACUUUGAGAUCACAUCCCAUCCUCGUAGUUGACAAGCCCAUAGUCAAAGCACAGCCAACAUGACAGAAUUUGAAAAGGCGUACGAUAAAGCUAUCGAAGACAAGAUCCUUCCCGGAUAUGCUUUACUCGCGGGUGACAAAGAUGGCAAGAUCCUCUACUCGGGUGCAAAAGGUGUUCAGUCGCUCGUAGAGGGCUCGACACGCCCUUUCCAGCUUGAUACAAUAUGCGCUAUCGCAUCGAUGACAAAGCUCGUGACCGCCGUGGCAGCCUUGAAGUGCGUUGAAGAAGGACUUAUCACGCUCGAUGAAGACGUAGCCAAGCAUCUGCCUAGUAUUGGAAAGUACGGCAUCAUGACCGGUUUCGACGACCAGAAAAAUGAGGCGGUCACUGUGCCUCAUACGACGCCGAUCACCCUGAGGAUGCUACUGAGUCACACGAAUGGCCAUGAGUAUGACUGGUUCAAUCCUGAUCUGAUGAAGUGGCGUGCAAGUCGUGGAGAGACCCCUUGGUGUGGACCGACUGUAGAGGAAAAGUCCACUCUGCCGCUUCUAUACGAGCCAGGCACUAGCUUCAGAUAUGGCGCAGGCUCAGAUUGGGCGGGUAAACUCGUCGAAAAAGUGUCCGGGAAGACACUCAACGCCUUCAUGAAAGAGAAGAUAUGGACGCCACUGGGCAUACAUGACAUUACCUUCUACCCAAAAACGAGACCCGACAUAGAGGAUCGGAUGGCGACUAUCAGCACACUAAACGAACAGGGUGAAGGCCCGGUAGCAGAUACUAAUGGCUUUGACGUCCUGUUCGGUGCCACCGACUGCUUGGGGGGCGCUGGAUGCUUUUCGAGCGCUGAAGCCUACUUUGCUUUCCUCCAGUCCGUUCUAAGGCACGACCCCAAGCUGUUAGGUGAGGCUUCCUGGACGGAGCUCUUCAAGCCACAGCUCGAUAAGAAGUGCAAACAAGAGUUCAACAACUACCUCAAGUGUUCACCGCUGCAUACGCAGUAUCUCGGCAUGUGUCUGCCAACAGAUAUUGAGAAGCAAUGGUCGUUCGCUGGGAUGAUUGUUGAACAGGGCCAGCAAGGACGUAUGAACCCUGGAACCGUCUUCUGGGGAGGUGUACCGAGCAUGACCUGGUAUCUCGAUUUCGAAGCUGGGGUCUGCGGCGUAGCAUUCUGCCAAGUCAUACCACCGAUGAGCCCGAGCAUAUUGAAGCUGCAUGAGCUGUUCCAGAGAGCAAUGUAUGAGAAGGCAGCAGCCUAAUGAGUCAGAGUAUGUCGGACGAGGGGUCGAGAGGCACAGCACAGUAGAGGUUAUUGUCGAGAAAGGAGGCCCGUGCACUUAUCGAUAGGAAGGACGCCACCUAUGUCACUUCUCACCUGAGCGAGCUUCAACUCCUUCUGUCCAUAGUACGAAAACCCUGUUCUCGCAGAACAAGCUCCAUCAGCGCUCGAUGUACCAUAUUCAAAGGUCUCGAAGCUCACCGUAUCUAUGAUUUUACAUUUUGGAUCUCGAAUGGCAACGCAUCGUUUAAACACGAC